UAACAUACAACAACAUACUGUUUGAGUCAUAUUCGAAGGUAAAGCGAAAUCUCUGUGCUGUGUUUUCCGAUGUGUUGUUUUUUCGUUUACAUUUAAUUUCGGUCAUCAAACGAUAUAGACUGAACUCGUCCUACUUAGUCAAUGUGCUCCAUUGAUUCUGAGCAAGGUGUGCGCUGUGAGACACGCAACGAAUAGCAGCAAUCGGUCCAAGGGUGUAUUUCAUUGAAAAGUGCUUGUAAAGUGCUGUGUGCUUAGCAGUUUCGCACCGAUCACGAGAAGCUUUGCGAUAUCUACAAUGUGCUGGGCUUCCGCUAGGAAGCUGUCAGCUUUAUCGGUUUUGACCAUCGUGCUGUUUGUUACAACCGUACACGCUAGGCGUCAUCAUCUGGAAGUACGGGAUGACUUCAGGCGCUACAUUCUACUUAGCACGUUCGGCUUCUACGCCGGCGGUGUGCUGGAUGUUCAAGUAUCUCAGUUUCGAGUGGAUCAUGGAACAGAAAGCAAUUUGUUUGGACUGUCGCUAGACAAAACGAUGUCCGACUCGAUGAACCCGUACCUUGAUUCGCACCAGGAUAAGUGCAUCCUUACCGAACCGGUAACUGCACAGAGCAAUGGACCGAUCGUGUUCUUCAAGAUGGAUUUGAACCAAAAUGUGGUUAAUGUAAGCUGUUCGAAAGAUUGGCUUAACAUACAUUUGUACAAGGAUCGUAGUAGAGUGCCUGCGCUACGUUCGAAGCGUGAAUCGUUCGCGAAGAUGAGUGACUCGAUGCGAGUUUACAUGCAGCGUCGGCGACGCCGGGAGAUUCUCGAGGACCCUAUCGCUGCCGAUGAUGGUAGCGUUGAUGCACCGACCGGAAGGGAAACAGACGGUGAAAGUGCAGCCAUAAUUUGCAGCAAACUGACAUUACCACUGGAGGUUAAACACGUCGAUGUAUUUAAGUACUACAGCUUCAACUUUGCUAUUUACGUGGCUACCAAGCAAGAGGAAGGACUGUACAACCUAUACUUUCACAGCUGCCCGAACUACGCUCCCAGCACAUUGUAUGAGCUUAAUUUUGAUGUAGAUAUUGAGGAGAAGAACAGCGGAAAUUAUCUUUCGGCUGGAGAAAUGCCGCUGCCGGCGCUCUACUUUAUGAUGUCCGUGCUGUUCUUCCUUUCGGGCCUGUUUUGGGUGUUCAUCUUGCGAAAGAGCAAGCACCCACUGUUCAAGAUCCAUUACUUGAUGGGCGUGCUGGUGUUUUUAAAAUCACUGUCGCUUAUGUUCCACGCUAUCAAUUAUCACUUCAUCGAGGUACAAGGCCAACAUGUGGAAGCGUGGGCUAUUUUAUACUACAUCACACACCUGCUGAAGGGUGCGGUGUUAAUAAUCACGAUUGUUCUCAUUGGCACCGGGUGGACGUUCAUUAAACACAUUUUGGCCGACAAGGACAAAAAGCUGUUUAUGAUUGUUAUACCACUGCAGGUGCUCGCGAACGUUUCUGAAAUAAUAAUCGCAGAAAGCGAUGAAGGUGAUAAGGAAUACAACACCUGGACGGAUAUCUUAAUGCUGGUGGAUCUGUUGUGCUGUGGAGCGAUUCUAUUUCCGGUCGUGUGGUCUAUUCGCCACCUUCAGGAAGCCGCAGGUACCGAUGGUAAGGCGGCCAUCAAUCUGCGCAAGCUCAAACUGUUCCGCCAAUUCUACAUCAUGAUUGUUUGCUACAUUUACUUCACACGCAUCAUUAUUAUCUUACUAAAGAUUACGGUGGCUUUUCAAUACGCUUGGCUGGAUGAGAUGUUCAAACAGAUGGCAACAUACGUGUUCUUUGUUCUGACCGGUUACAAGUUCCGACCGGUAUCUCAACAUCCUUAUUUCUCUGUCCAAGACGAAGAACUCGAUGACGACGACGAUGAUGACGAAGAGGUAGAAAUCCUCACUCAAUCCAGUUUAAGCGAGAGCAUUGGGAAGGUGACGAAUCGUGCACAACCAUCGUCGGCUGCGAUGACUGUUGCAACGUUUGUUGAAUCACAUGAUGAAGAGCGUGAAAAUUUAAUUAGUAAAAGAGAAUCAUCCCAUGAGUACGAUUAAACGGGUACGCCGAUAAGAUGCAGGUACGAAAAUUGUAGGUAUGAAAGAGUUCCAAGAGCGAUUGCACAUUUGCUAUCGAUCUGUUGUUCUUAGGCAAUCAUUAUUCUCUUUGUUUCUGCAUAUGCUGCGUUAGUCAAUGGUCGUGCAGCAUAGACGCAAACGCAUAAUGUUCAAAUGCCAAACGGAUGUGUAGAAAGUGGAUAAGGAGGUGCAUAGGUGUUGCAAAGUCAUAAGCAAAUCUGCUGCAUAAUGAAACCAUACCGUAUUGGCGAACUUAUGUACUAUCAUAGUCAUACAUUCAUUAGGAUAUGUCAAAAAAGAUUAAGAUGUUCUUGCUACUACUCUUAAUUGUUCUUUUACUUUUAUAAAACUGAUACAAACAAUUUACAAAGUUUUAAUCUUAACCGCCGGCCAACUUUUCUACCUUUUCGCAGCGCUUUGUGUUCAACAUUCAGAACUCCAGGAAGUCGACGCGGCAAAAAGGGCCUCUUUCUUGACAAGCGAGUCCUUUGUAGAAAUAUUUAAGGUGUAUGUCUUUGUGAUAAUACCAGUCAACCAGCCGGUUCUGUCAGACACCUUAGUAUCAUUUAUAGUUGUUUAGACUAAGGAUCAGUUUUAAAUUAGCCCAUUUCCUCGGACACGAUACAAAAAGCGACGAAACUAAUGCAAGUACUUUUACUGCGGACUUUUUAUCCCGCAACAGAUAAGUUUUCAAUGGGUAAUCUUCAGAUAAAAGAAGGAAGAAGCAGCAGUAAAGUAAAAAGAAACAGAUUUAGCAUUUUUCCAUUGUAUCUGUAGUGCCGGUAAAUGCCACGGUCAUUGGUUCACUAUGCUUCACGUAGGUUUCAAAAGAGUUAGCGGCUACUGCAAUUAGAGAGAGAUUUGUGCAGGAUGGGAAACUGUUAAACUGCAAGCAACCGAUCAUGAAUCGUUCCGAUAUUGCGUGUAGUCUAUACGAAUGAUACUAUGCGUAGAGGUGAAAAAAAACUGUGAAAGAAAGAACUUAAAACACCAUCGCCACAACCACGGUUUAGCGCCACUGUGUCUAACAUGAGCGUAAGCAAGUAAGCGAGAUAUUACGAAUAAAAUUAAUUGAUACAUCUAAAAACGUGAAUGGGCGAUAUAAUCCUGCUUUCCAAAAAUUCAUUGCACAAAUAUAUGUGCGCUGCCUAUGAGUGAGUUUGGGUGUUAUUUUGAAUAUUCAAAUUUACUUCUGUAUACUAUGGUGCGUAAAAACUACUGUUUAUGAAAAAUGUUAAAAUUUGUUUAUAAAUCAAAAUAUCUUUACUCUUCUAAAAUCAUUUCAUCUCCUUCAAAGCAGUCCCCCGAAAUCUUUAAUUCUUGGGUUAUUUCAGUAUUUAGUAAGGCAUUAAAAAAUCUUAUUAAUCAUUAAGCAGAGCUCUGAUUGUAUGAUAAUUGUUAAACUGGAAUUGGAAUUGUUUCCUAUAUAUGGAAAGUCUGUCGACGGAUGGAACUUUUCAGCCGACGAAAGGUCGACAAAUGUAAUAUGCCCUUCUAAAAUUGAGUUUUCCCAUGCUUUCAAAAAAGCAUUCAGCAUUGUAAAGUCUGCAGCAAAGCAUUCCAUACGGCAAACAACAUGCACCGCCACACGAAAAUUCAUAACAAGAACCGAUAUCAAUAUCCUCAUUGCCCCGACAAAUUCGUACGGCAAUCCCAACUCAACAAUCACAUUCGGACUCAUACGGACGAAAAGCGGCUCCCGAUCGAUCGUCCAACUGAGCGCCAUGCGUGCGCGCUACGUUCGGGACGCUCGCGAGACCCACGUCGCUUCAGCGUCGCUCGUAACGAGGAUUUUUUCGAGGAUAUAAAACGAGUGAGAGACGAGCAAAAAGGGGCAAAAAAACAAGUGACAACGGCGAGAAUAAAAAGUAAUUUUUUGUUGCUGCUUAGCACAGCUUAUAACAGAAAAUACGAAAGAGACUUUUCUUGAUUGGUCGUUGGUUAGAGAAUAUUUUCUAACACAUUCCCUUGUAAAGUCUGCUGCAAAGCAUUCCAUACGGUAAACCAACCUCAGUGUCCCCUUUGCUCUAGCAAAUUCGCAUUGCAAUCUUAAGAAACACAUUCGAUCUCACACCGGCGAAUAGUCAUUCCGGUAUGAAGUUUGCGGCAAAGCGUUUCAUGCGAAAGUCUUUCUGCAUCAAGCGAUAAACCGAUGCACAACAAGGACAAGAACCUGCCAGAACGACAGUAUCCUGAAAUUCACAAACAGCAACUACCUAAAUUGAAUAAAUUUAUUUCAUUACUAAAUU